GUAUGUGCAAUACAUGUGUACAGGGAAUGUCAAUCAAUUAGUACUUGUACCGGUAGGUUGAUUAAUUGGUUCAGUUUGAGAAACUUUACUCGGACCUACCAGUAUGUUAGGAUUGACAUGUACAUGUACAGUACAUCUGUAGAGAAGAUUCACCUCAUCCUCACUCAUCUACAUGUACAUGUACAUCCUCUGACAUGUCUGAGAUGGGAAAUUUGCAAGAAACAUGAUAGGAAAAUGAUUUUGGUCAAUCUGGCAAGAAACUUCAAAAGCAACAGUAGAGGAGAAAAUCAUUUCUGCUAAGUACAUCUGCAACGCAUGUCUGCUUGUACCUAAGAUACUUCCUCUGAAACUGAAAAUAAAAGCCUACUACCGGUACAUUCCCCACCACCUUGGAAACUGGAGAUUUGAACAUCAAAACAGGGAGAGCUUGAUUUGCCACAAUAACAAAGGGAAAAAUCUCCCUUUUCCUAAAAUGGCAGCAAAGAAACAGACGAGUUCGAUCCAAGACUGGCUUGAGUCAUUAGAUCUAGGAAAUUUCACCAACCACUUCCUCCUGAAUGGUCUAACAGAACUCCACCAAGUGUGUCACAUCACAGAAGAUCAGCUCAGUUUGAUUGGAAUAACACAGCGAGGAUAUCAGAAGAGAAUUCUAAACCACCUACCUUCGGAGGCAGAGGCCUUCUUGUCAGAAUUUGUAACUGGCUCAGAGAAAUUGAGCACUGACGGUAAGGACACAUCAGGAGAGGCCCCACCCCCAAUGCCUCCUCGAAGGAGUGCUGUUAAACAGGUGGGAAAAGAAAAUGGACAUCCGACGGGAAGAAAGCCAACGUUUGAUGAUGAAAGUUACCUCUUUCUUCCAAGUAGGCCACACUCAGAUUCAGAUCGGCCAUCUACCGGUAGCAUUUCUCAAACGUCUUUGGGUGACUUUAAGCAUGUCCCUGUCCCACCACCACGAGCACCUGGUAGCCAGGGCAAAGGGAUGGCAUUGUCUUCUGAGAUUCCCAACAAUCAAGCCAGGAUGAGGCCUACACCGCAGCCUCGAGCAAGAUCCGAUCCUAGUUUGGGAGCCAAACCACCCCCUUUACCUGGCCGUGAUGAGAAUCCUGAGAGGCCUUCCCCAAAGCUUCAACCAACUCCUCAAGUGCCUCCACGUGUAGCCCCAUCCCAGGCAGCACCACAAGUGCCUUUACCUUUAAAGCUUUUCCCAACCUCAUUUGUAGAACCAAAUGUCUACGAUGAUGAUCCUUGUCAGUGUGUUAAGCCACCUGAAAGUAAUUCAUCCAAUUUUUUGUCACCUCCACCAGUUUUUCCAAAAGCUGUUCCUCAGUCAUCUGCACAAGAUGCAAUCGAUGAACCUUUCCCGGAAUUGCCACCUCCUCCGCCACCAAAAAGUUUUCCAGGCUCUGCAAUGCCACCAGCACCUGCAAAGCGAAAUGUGUCACCUGUCCCACAUCUUGUCCAUCGCAGACCCCCAGAUCCCCCAAACUUGGAAUCUCCGUCGUCUCAACCAAGAAGCCUGAAUGAUGAUAUACUGGUAGAUUCUAGAAAAUCAGCACUCCAGAUGCCCGAGGAAUGUACUCCACCACCUGCAAAAGACUCUCUCUUGUCUCCACCACCAGUACUUCCUUUCCAGUCACCAUCAUUAUGUGGUAGUGAGGAAGACAAUGUACCUAGCCUCCCUCCUCCACCUGUUCCUACAACCAUUCCAAGUAUUCCUCCACGACCCCACUUGGGAGAACACCCACCCAUUUCUGAUGUACCCCCUCCUCCAUUACCAUCAAAAGAGACACCUGGACAUCUCCAGGCAUUUCAGAUGAGCGGCAUUCAGGGGGGCACAUCGUCAGUCCCUUUCCUGCCUGAACCCACGUCAUCUAUACCGAUCAUUCCCCCACGCCCUCCUCCUUCACUGCUACCGGGUCCGUCACCCUCAGAGUUACAACCACUUCCUCAUCCUCAGUCAUUAUUAGCAACAGAUCCAUUACCUGCUGAAUUGCCCCCACCCCCACCAAUGCAGGAGGAGACUCCAGGACAUUCGGAUUUUACCCAGCCUCACCAAACAGACUUCGUAAACAUCUUUGAUUCUGCAAAGGAAACCAGGGAUCCGUUUGCAUUUGAUCCAUUUACAAACAACACAGAAGGUACUUUUUCUGUAGAUCCCCCUCUGCGACCUCCAUCUCUCUUUCUCACACAGGAAGAUCUAGAAAGGUUCCCAAAGCCUCAACUGAGUGUUCCCCCACCAGUGGAGGAGUUGCCUUCUCAAAGUGAACAGCCAGUUCCUUUACAUCUAUCUAGACCUGCUCCCAAUCUGUCAUUACUAAACAGACCGGUUCCUUUGCCCCCUGCAUCUGAUGUCCUAGCUCCUACCGGUAUGCCACCCAUCCCCCAGGACCAUACUCCCUUAGAAACUCAAUAUCAAGCCUUGCCAGAACUUACUAAAGCUGGCGAGGGUUUAACUCCACAUCAGUCAGGGGAGCUGACUUCGACUACAGUUGUUUCACAAAGUGGGUUGAGAAAGCCUCCAGCACCACCACCCAGGAUACCUGCUGGCACAGAGCAAAAAGUCAAUAGAGACACAGCAGCAUCACCAGACAUUACCAGCUCUGAUCAACCUACAUGUAUGCCUGCUGGUCUUUUCCACAAGACAUCAGACUUAAUUGACCUGUCUUCCCUUGAAACUAAUGCAGUCACCUUUAAAAAUGUUCCAGCUGAAAAUGAGCGAAAAUCCUUCCUGGAUACUGAGUACAGUGAUAAGCCAUCCCGUAGUACUGCUAGUCCACUUCUUCCUGUUCUGCAUGACCCUGACGAUCAGUACUCGAAAGUACAUCGCUCACCCAAAAUUACACAGCGAUGCGUGAGUGGGGAGAAGAAAGAAACACCAAGUAUUCCCCAAAUUCCAACUCGGCCACCUCAGAUUCCUCCAAGACAGGAGCCAAAGGGAGAAGCUGCUCCUACUUUCACAGGACCUGAGAGGCUAUCUCCAAUAGGAUCUGCAACUCAAGAUGACAUGUAUAGUGUUGUUGGUGAGUCAAGAGUAACCUCCUGGUCAAGCUUACAAGUACCUGUACCUGCCUCCCCGUCAGGACUCAGCGAUAGUUCUGACAGGCAUUCCUACAUUUUACUGAGUGAAGCAAUGAGUGGUGGACAUGACAUUCCAGAUGAAAAGAUAUAUCCAGAUGAACGACCUUUGCCUGCUGUUCCACUCAGCUCCAGCACACUUGACAAGCCUGGUGAAAGAGAUGCUUUUCAAAUGGAGGAAGAUUUGCCACGAUCUCAGCAUUCCCAGAAACCAGUCCGACGAGCGCCUCCUCCACCAGUUGUGAGACCAAGUGAGAAGUCACCCAGCCACAUACCGAAAAUACCACCAAGGCCGGCCCCUGCGGUAAAAGAGUUUAUCCCACAGUUGCCACCAGGUAAAAAAGAGGAAGAAUAUGACCUGUUGGAUCCUAGCCGAAUGGUGCACACCAGUCCUUUGCGAGAUGAACCAGUGGAAGGUUCAGUAGCCUUCAAGGAGUUAGCUCAGAGUGAGGAGAGUGGAGAUGAUGAUGAUUCUGGCUUUGACAUGGACAGCUUGGAGUUCAGCAAAGCAGGUGUAAAGGAGGAUUCUGAUUCAGAUUUAAACUUCAAAAUUGAUCUGGCGGACAGGCGCAGUAAGAUUGACCUCAGUCAUGUUUUACGCAUAGGCCAGGCCUAUCAACCAGAAGUACCCAACAGGCGUCUGACCAGAACACACAGCCGUGCACUUGAUGAGAACACUAGAAAAAGACUUUCCAAAAAGCUCUCGCAAUCUCUGCAAGAUAGAAACAGCGCAGCUGAGACUCCUACUAACAAGGUAACAAUUCUGACAAAGCAAGGUUACCUCUGGAAGCAAGGAGGGAAACAGAACAACAAAGGUUUCAGGAAGCGUUGGAUGGUGUUUGAUGGGCUAGAAAUGAGAUACUACGAAAACGAGAAAAAGCUUUCAGAAUGCAAGGGAAUUAUUCCUGUGGGUACCAUGCGGGAUGUGAAAAAUCUUUGCGGAAACACCAGACCAGGGUUCGGAGAUACCAGACAGUACCGGAUUAUUCUAGAAACAACUGGCAGAUCAUUUCACUUUGCGGCAGAAACUCUGGAUGAGGGUACAUUAUGGGCCAAUGUACUUAUGCAGGCUAUAUUGUCUUAUGAGCCUCCGCCUGGUGGAUUUCCUGUGGGAGGAGACAUGAGCUGCCCAGACAAACAGGGCUAUGUGAAAAUUGAGGGGUACCACCAAAAAAGAUUCCUGGCAGUUAAAGGAGAGAGAUUGUUCAUGUACAACACCGCAAUGGACUUUGAGUCAGCCGUGGCCAUUUUGGACAUCCAGAUGAAGCUGGCCUCGGUCAAGGAACUUCCCAAAAACAAGCUACAGUUAGCUACUCCUGGCAAGAUAUACAUACUGACCCUGGAGAAUCCUCAAGAUGUGAAGGAUUGGAUGAUAGCCAUGAAGGACGCUAUUGAAGAAGGAUUAUCAGAUCACUCGAUCUUGGAACAAAUGUAUCAGAAUCCUUCCAACAAGUACUGUGCAGAUUGCAGGAUGAAAGAUCCAGACUGGGCCAGCAUCAACUUAGGCAUCUGUGUAUGCAAGAACUGUUCAGGCCUGCACAGGGAACUUGGGGUGCAUUUGUCCAAAGUUCGAUCCCUGAAGAUGGACACCAAAGUGUGGACACCAGCACUUGUUCAACUUAUUAUGGACCUUGGCAACGACAGGUCCAAUGCCUUCUGGGAAGCCCAUCUCAAUGAGGAUGAGAAAGCUGUACCUGAUGAUACAUUAGAAAGGAGGAAAGUGUACAUUGUUGGCAAGUACCGAGAUAGAAAAUACUGCAAGCCAAGGCUGAUUACAGAUAAAAACAUGAAUAGGACUCUAUUAAAAGCGGCCUCCUUGGGCAAUCUGGAGGAAUGCGUUCAGCUGGUUUUCUCCGGAGCAAAUGUGUCUUACACGAGGGAAGAUGGCAAGACAGCUUGUGAUGUAGCGAAAGAAUGUAACUUCCCAGUUGUUGCAGAAUUCCUGAAUCAGAAUGUUGGCAUAAAAAUUGUUCCUGGGAAGAAUGAUGCUGCGUCCGGAACCUCAGAACAAGGAGAGAAGAAAUUAUCCACCGUGCGGCACAUGGCUCGAGAGAGUAAACAAGAAUUCAUCAAGAAGUCAGGCUACUUGCACAAGACUGGAAAUAACAAGAAAGAAUUUCUCAAGCGAUUCUGCACCCUGGAGCACGGCAUAUUCAGUUACUUUGAAGAGAAGAGCCAGCCAGCCAAGAACACAAUAGAGGGAAUUGAAAUGAUACUAAUUGCAGUCACAGAACCAAGACAAGGACACAAGUUCUGUUUUGAGAUCUACACUUCACCGGGACGGACAUACCUCCUUUCAGCUGAAACAGAGGAAGACAGAAAAGAAUGGAUGAUUGCACUGGCCAAGAUUCACUCACUAGAAUGCAUGUGGGGAUGUCUUGAGGAUUUUGAGCAGGCAGGGUUCCUGCACAAGAAGGAAGGGGCAGCAGCGACCAACUGGCAGAGGUUGUGGUUCAUUCUUAAGGGCAAGUCGGUGGUCUCCUUCUCAAGUACCAAUGACCAGUUGGAGGAGAUUGAUCUGAGAAAGCUUAUCUCACUUAGUCGCCAAGAUUCAGACAGCACCAGUGCAACAGACUACACCCACACAUUGUCAAUAGUCCUCCCAGGAAAGAAUAUCUACUUGCGUGCUGAAACCAAACAAGCUGCUGACUGUUGGUAUGAAGCCAUCAAUAGACUAGCAUCGCAAGGUGGCCAGGCAUUGGAAGACCAGCUGUUGACUGGAGAUAACAUACCAAUCAUCGUCAGUCAGUGUAUCAACUUUGUGGCAACACAUGAUGGUAUCAUGACGGAGGGCAUCUAUCGUCUCAGCGGCACUAGCAGCGUCAUCAGGAAGAUUGUGACUUCAUUCACGGAGGAUCCCCGCACAGCUCGUCUCAAGGAAGAAUACACGGUCCACGACGUGACAGGAGCACUCAAGAAGUUCUUCCGUGAGUUGCCGGAUCCGCUGCUGACAUCCAGAUUGUACAAAAAAUGGACAGAAGUUGCUUCAUACCAAGAUCAUUCCAUACGGCUUCAGUGGUAUCAGCAUCUUCUCAGUGAGCUACCUCCCGUCAACUACCACACUCUCAAGAUGCUGAUUGGACAUCUCAAGAACGUGGCAGAUCACAGUGACUUCAAUAAGAUGUACUUCCGCAACCUGGCUGCCAUCUUUGGCCCAACGCUAAUGGCCUCUCCAGAUUCUUCCUACAUUCACGCUGAGUAUGAGAUAGCCGUGAUCGCAGACCUCCUGACCUACUACAACUGGCUGUACCAGGUGUCAGAGGAGGAAAUGGCCAAGGAGCGAGAGAAAGAACUGAAGUAUCAAGAAGGCUUGUCAAAGAUCAAAGCGGCACGGGCGUCAGAGAAUAUUGGAGAGCAGUUGAUAUUGAUGGAGAUCUUCUUGGGCAAGAAAGAUCUGGGUAACAGUAUCAACAUCAAGAUCUCCAUGGAUCACACGGCAGCAGAGAUCAUCAAAAUGGCACUGGAUCAGCAGAAAGAGAUAAAUGAUGGGACCUGGGCACUGUUUGAGAUCAUCGCCAAAGGAGAACUCGAGCGUUUGAUACAUGGUUAUGAGCGAGUCCUUCCUCAAGUUUUGGCUUGGAAUGCACAGAUGGCGCCAGACAACUACAUUUGCCUCAAACACAAUGACCUGAUGGACCGGAUAGAACCGUUCAUGCAGCAGGCAACCUUGUCCGAUAUCGUCAGGUACAGCGAAAGUAAGAAAACAUUUAAGAAGUACUCAUUUGAGCUGAUGAAUAACGUCAUCACAUGUUACAAGGAUAAGAGCACAACUCCAGCCAAUAGUUGGAAGGUUGCAGACAUGAAGAUAUACGUCGGAGUGGAGAAGAAGAGGUCACCGCCAACACAAUGGGGCAUUUCUUUCACACUGAACAAUGAGGAAGGCAUGAGAGCCAUGUGCCUUGAAAAAGAAGCAUCAUUUCUCUUCUGGUUGGCUGGUUUGCUCAAAUCCAAGGGAGAGGCUGGCAACAGUGAGUCUGCGAAUGCUGUCGUUGACCCCUCAUCAUUGACAUACUCGCCUCAUGCUCUGUCUUUCAAGUCUGAACACGAGAGUUCAUUUACCCGUUACUCACGCAACCUUCCAAGGGAAUUGAGCAACAUCACCAGCAAGAUGAGCUUCUGGAGAAAAUCUCGAACCAACUCCGUGGAUGAAAGUUGAAAGAGCAGAUCAAAUUAAACCUCAGAAGGUUGCCGGUGCAUGAGUGCCCCUUUCAAUAUGCAAUCACACGCAUGUAAAUAUUGUAAUAUUAGUUUAUUGUCCUAUAAAUCUUUUUGACUUCAUGUGUGGUGUAUCCAUGGAGUACUUGUUUACUGUUGAAUUGCCACAGAAGUGGUAAUGAGAUAAAAUGCUUCCAGGUCAAAUUAUUUGCCAUUCUGCAUUUUACAAAGGUAAAAGUUCCUUUGAGCAUUUUGACAGAUUGGUUGGAAACCGAGGAAAUCGUAUUUAUUUUGUGCUGUGAACAAAAUAAUACCCAGCUUUUUGAUGAGAGGUUGCACCUGUGGAAAAUCCAGACCUCUGGUGCAGGUUGCAUUGUGGCAUUUUUCUACCAAAACAGCUGUCCAAAAUCUUGUACAUGUGCACAAGAAUCCUCAAAAAGAAAGAUAGCACAUGCAGUGCCAUUUCUAAAAUGCUUGUGCUUUCAUUUCCCCAAAGGAAAGAAUUUGGCAACUUGUGUUGGGUCUGAGAGUUACGGGCCUUAGGGUCAUUCUUAUCAAUAGUGACAUGCACUGAAUGUUAUGUCACAGCUGAUUACAUCAUCCCACAAUUAAUUAUCUGCAGGCACUUGGUGAGAUCCUUGCCAUUUUACUGAUGGCAUGAGCGGUAACACAGACUAGACUGCAUUAAUGCAAAUCUAUUUUGAGUAGUUCUUUCAGGAUAUUCGACUUUCAUCUAGGGCAUUUACCAAACAAAAUUGCAAUACCUCCAAUUAAGUCCUAAGUAAUGAUUUCAUCAAGGAUUGAUCUCAUGGGACAGUUAAUGUGUAGCAGGUCAGAAUACAUGCAACUAUACUCUUGUCGAGGUCAACUUUGUCAAUAGCUCUUUUUGUUUGUUCAAGAACCAUCAAUUUUAGCUUGCUUAUAGUCCUAUAUUUUAUAUAGAAGAAGAUGGGUUAGCUUGUCACAGAGGCCUCAUUCUUGGCAUAAGGAAAUUGCCACAGGGGUGUUACUAAUCCUUUAACGCCCCAUGAACCCCAUUUCCUGCCACAACCAGAUGCAUUUACCCAUGGUCCGUGAUAGAACCAACCCAGCACAGAAGUCGGGGGGGGGGGGGAAUUUCAGCUCAUUUUGAAGCACUGUACUCUUAGUGAAUACUGAGUCAGAAAAUCUCACUCUGAUUGGCUAACAAGCCGGGUCGCAUGCCAGCACCGAUUAUAUCUCAACUCGACUCUCAAAAUUGGUUUUGUCAGCCCAGUUAGGUUUGUUUUACCCUUAGUUUUCAGCGUUUCCACCAUAAGAGGUUUGGAUGGCUGAGACUAACCUGUAUAUGUAUUGAAAAUUAACAGAAUUGUUGAUUGCCCGAAAAUUACAGUGUCAACUCACAAUUUGUUCAAAAAUUGUAUAUAGUAUCCCAGGUGCCUUGUGUUGUCAAAAGUGAUCAUUAUCAAUUACAGUCGAAAACAUUGAGUUCUAUUUCCAUAGCUUGUUGAUGAAUACUUGUACAGAGAAGACACUGUGUUUCAUUUCAGUGGUAUGGAUUUACUAUCACAUUGUUCACGUGAUUAAUUGAAUUUUGUGAUUCGUCCAACUCUUUUUUUUACAAGUAGUUCAAAUAGCAGACAUCAUGAAUUUAUAAUCUAGUGAUUCUGGUUUUUGUACAUACAGCAUCAGAACAGUAUAGUCUCCUGAAAUCUGUGAAUUCCACAUAGCUUAGACAUCUCAUCCAACCAUUGGGUUUAUUUCGGUAAACUCGGUGCUGUUGGUGUCUUUCUUUUGAAAAUGGUUCAUCUUUAAAAUAUGAUAUGGAAUCGUUUUUAUUGGCAGCGUGGCAUGAAUUAUUCUUCAUGGGUUCAAGGUGUUAAUUAAUGCUGUAUAAAUAAAUGUUUAUCUUUUCUAAGGGUUUGCAGAAUUCUAGUGUUGUAGAUAUUUUAACUUCAAACUGAUGUCUUGAGGAACCCAUCGGUAAUAUGCAUGCAUAUUUAUAUUUUCCCUUGUAAGUUUUAAAACCUUGGACAUCCUUAUUUCUUGACUAAGAGGAGAAGUCAGCCUGAUUAACCUAACAGUCCUCACUCCUCCAGUAUGUGAAGGAUUGCAGACUGUUAGGGUUAAUGCCAGUAUGAUAGUUUUGAGUUCUCUUGUAGAACCUAGUUGUGCUGUGUUCCGCAACGGAGCCUUGUCAAUGCAAAUUUAUUGUGUGAGAAAUAGGGGAUGUGCAUUUCAAGGAGCUAGGCAUUUUCGUCCGAGGGACUUCACUGUGAACUGAUGUUAACAUGAAUUAAUGACUUUUAAGGUUUCCAAGAGAAGCAGAACUAUUCUGUCUACGUUGGAAGUUCUUCCCUUUAAAGUUAAAAUGCCUUCAGGGAAUCUCACUUCAAUUUUGAAACUGAGGUUCUUUAAAAAGAUGUUUUAAAUGAAUUAAUUUAAUGCCUAAUUUUCUUUUUGGGUGUGGCCCACACGCCCCUGUGUGUUCAAUCUCAUAUAAGUGUAUUACACUAUACUUUCAUUGCUGACGUAAAUUAUAGUCUACCUACUGUAUCAGAAAUAUUUGGGUAAUACUGUUUAUUAUGAUUUGUUUACAUUGCUCUAAGGGCAGAAGAACGAGCUUAGAAUAUAGCAACAGUUUUACUCCCAUUUUGUCGAAAGUUUUUCAGCUAUUUACAUUGACCCACUUCGUAUUUGAAUGGAAAUGGUAAUUUUCUUUCCAAACGGUGUCAGAAAAACCUUCGAAAUCGAGGUAAAUUGACCUUAUUCACAAGUCAGCCGUAUUGAAUUGAAAGCAAAGUUACCUUUUUAUUUUGGCAAUGUAACAAUAAAAAUGAAAGCUAUGAAAUAAAAGCUUAUAACAGAUUGAUUUCAUUCGCAGUGAUAAGUAAUUUGAAAUUUGUAAUUUGUCAUAUCUAAAUGUUUCAAGUAACAUUUGAAAACUAAAUGAAAGUGAGGCAUGGAACCCAGUUUAUGGAACAGUUUAUGUUGAAUAAGAUGGAUUCAGGGAACAUGAUCAAAAAUGGCGUCCUUGAGAAUGAGGUCCAGCUGAAGGAAUAUAGUGACGGCAUUUCCUUGUAUGUUUUUUUGCAUGCGUAGACACUGUACAUGUGUUUUGGUUUUAUAGUUGUUGAUUUGCAACAUGUUCCGUUAGUCUGUCAAAAAACCGCGGCUGUAAGAACUUCCAGGUGUUAUUUUGUUAAUCCAGUGGUUUCAACUUCGUAUCUACAGCAUAGACAUUAAUUCACUCGCCAUUUAUCUUUGUAAAGCUUUCUAAGCUGCUACACCGUCUUUAUAAAAUGACACGUUCGUCAAAAACCCUGCGAAUUGUUAGUUUCCGAGAAACCUUCUUUUCCUUGCACAUUAUUGUGUUAUGAAAUACUUCUGUACCUUGGCAUUGGAGGCAAGCGUUUGAAGUAAUGCCUUUGAAGUGCGUGACGGUAUACUUCCACAAACACGUUUCUACCAAUUACUUAUAACUACGCCAGUAGGAAAAAUGCCUAGUCACCGUGUAUUGUAUACUUUUGCUGAGAUUCCUGUGAUAUAGGUCUGUCCGCUUGUUUGUUGUUUGUUUUUUCGUUCAGUGCCUAAUCAGCUUAGUACAUCCAGUCCUUUGCCUUAGUCUUGAUUUCAUGCCUAUUCAGUUUUAGUCUCGGUAUGUUUUUGGUUUCAUGCAGAGUUGAUAGAAUCAUGCAGCCCAAGUUGAAGGCUGGAUGCAAAUUGACCUCUUUUUAUUUUAUUAAAAAUGGAUUGCUUUUUAUUGAUUAGGUCAAAGGUGAUAUAUUUGUACGGGUUUUAAACGGGUGCAUCAAUGGUAAUCAAUAUUAUUGAAUUUUUGGCAGACAACCUUGGUAAUGGAUUGGUAUGGACCUCAUGGUACUCAAUACAAUCAAUGCAUAGGAAUAGGAGACACCUCAUCAAACUGUCUUUCAUCAGUGAUUUGUUUUGUAGCGAAGUUUUAGAUGAAGAGGAAACGAAAAGUGUUACAUGUAUAUGGUUUUUCGCAAGAUUUCAGAAUUUCAUUUUGUAGUACAAGUCGGAUUGAUUCCUUCCUUGUCCUGAAAGAUGUGAUUUUUUUCAACAGGAGAAGGUGUAAAGUUAAAAAAGCAAUUGGCGAAUUCUAUGCACAUUGUAAAGUCACAGAUACACUCUGCAACACUGCAGAAAUUCCAAGUUAAUGCAGCAUACAAUAAGCCUUGAUAUUUUGAUACACCUUGGCACCCCAGACUUUGAAUGACAGUAUACUGUGGUUGAUACUAAAUACAUUACUCGUAAUAAUAAAUAGAUUUAUUACUCGUAAUAUUUAGAAUGAGUAUUUGUCAUAUAUCCAGUGGGCAUGUGAAACCAUUGUCUGUGUUCUAGUCGUUUUGCUCUUUUUCAGCCCAUGAUGCUCCUUGAAAGUGGCCUCUAUACAUGUACUUGGAAAAUAAAACUUUUGUACUACACAGAA